UUUCACUGGGUCUGACGAGAACAGACUUUCAAGAUGGUCUUCAGAAAAUUGAUUCUUGGUGUUGUGCUGCUAUCGGUGGUGGAAGCUUUCACUCACGAAGACAUGAAGGAGGCCAUAUUGAAGAAGCUGGGUUUGAAAGAAGUGCCCAGCAUUCAGAAGAGGGACCUGGAAAAUAUGGUAAUCCCAGGACAUAUCAAGAAUAAAUAUCUUUCCAUGCUGAAACUCCACAAAGAGAGAAGAAGGAGGUCUCUCCCCAGUCUAGCAGGCAUCCUGAGGGGUAUACCAGGAAAUGCUGAUAUAUCUGGAGAAAUUCUGUACACUGACACAACCAGACAGCAGCUACUUUUUGACAUGGAGGCCAGAAUUCCAGAAAAUAGCGAGGUGACUAUGGCAGAGCUCAAGCUGUUUAAGAAGGCACCACGAAAAUUCCCCCUGACAGAGAGGAAGAGUCUUCGACCUGUCAACAAUGCUAGAGUCAGCAUAUACUGGGUGGAAAUACUAGAAAAUGGAUCAAACAGAACAUCACUGGUUGACUCCAGGUUGGUGCCAAUCCACGAAACUGGCUGGAAGAGCUUUGAUGUGACUCAGGCUGUGCACUAUUGGUCAAAAAGCAACAGACAGAAACCUAUGUACCUUGAAGUUUGGAUUGAUGGAGAAAGACCAGGCAGUUACGCCACUGAGAUGGCAAAAAGCAUCCGUUUCACAUCUCAGGAUCCUUCUGACAAAAUCUUGGGAAAACCUGAGUUAGUCCUUUACACCUUGAACUUGGAAGAAUAUGGUUCCAGGGGUGAUUGCGAAAAAAACACAGCCAAGGCAAACAGUGUCUGCUGCAGAGAGGAAUAUUAUAUUAACUUCCGAGAGCUAACCUGGACUCAGUACUGGAUCAUCGAACCUGCUGGUUACCAGGCUUUUCAUUGUGCAGGAAAUUGCAAGCAACCAAAGAGAAACUAUGGAUAUGGAGAACGGACCUGCGCUGCAGUUGAAAGUGCUCCACUGCCUAUGAUGUACCUGGUGAAAAGGGGAGAAUACACUGAGAUUGAAGUGGCUGAAUUCCCAAAUAUGAUUGUAGAGAAAUGUGGAUGCACAAUGGACAAUAUUUCAGUUGUAUAAAAAGUAAAAUAGCUGUGGGGACCAAGAACAAACUUUAAAUUUUAAGUAAUAAGCAGAUGUUUUCUCUUUAUACAAUGGGCAGAAUGUUCUAUAUUGCAUUACAUUUGUUAAUUGUUAGCACUUAAUGUAAAUA